AUGCCUUCCGACAUCGAGAACAUCACCUACCUGUAUCAGGUCUUGACCCACGAUGGCCCCCCGACUAUCGACUGGGACGCCGUCAGUGCUGCCCUUGAUCUGAACAAGGGCGCAGUGACGAAGCGCUGGUCCCGCCUCAAGUCAGCCAUGGAGAAACAACAAACGCCCAGCAGCUCUUCGUAUUCCUUCCUCUGGCUCUGUGUCAAGCACAGCACCCGUACGAAUCCUAUCAACUGGGACGUCAUCGCCACCGCCUGUAACACUACGACUGGCGCAGCAUCUAAGCGCUAUUCUCGUAUGAAACUGGCGUUUGAGAGAGGUGACACUGUACCUACUUCUCCCGCUAAGGCUUCUCCUACUAAGGCCAAGGUUGCUCGCAAGCCCGCUAUCAAGGACGAACCUAAGGAUUCUGGGAAUUUCAAGGCAUCGCCCAACGCAAAGCGCAAGCGUUCAGCUCUCAAGACCACCGGUGUUCUUGACGAUGGAGAUGAAGAUUCGGAUGUUAAACCAAAGCGUGGUAAGCGCAAUAUGGCCAAGAAAGUGGCCGUCAAGGAAGAGCAAGAGGGUAGUGAUGUGUUCUUCAGCGCUGAAGAGCCCACUGAAGCCUUCACUGAAGCAGCGGGUGUGAAAUCGGAAGAGCAUGAUGAAUUGCUUCCUGCCGAUGACUUGUGCGUUUGA